AAUCCGCUCUCACCACCAUGGCAACCCAGCCGCGCGCUUCCUGUGCGGAAAGGGAUGGAAGGAACCUGGCUGGGCCAAUCAGAGGGGGCGGGCGAGUGUCUGGCCAAUAGGGGCUUGGGCCGUAGACCGUCCCAUUGUGACGUCCCUUCGGUUUUGCCGCGAAAACUCGGUGCUCGCAGCGGGAGCAGCCUCCACCAUGUCCGGCUUCGACGACCCCGGCAUCUACUACAGCGACAGCUUUGGGGGCGACCCGGCGGCGGACGAGGGGCAGGUCCGCAAGUCCCAGCUGCAGAAGCGCUUCAAGGAGUUCCUGCGGCAGUACCGCGUGGGCACGGACCGCACCGGCUUCACCUUCAAGUACAGGGAUGAGCUCAAACGGCAUUACAACCUGGGUCAGUACUGGAUUGAGGUGGAGAUGGAGGACCUGGCCAGCUUUGAUGAGGACCUGGCAGACUACCUGUAUAAGCAACCUGCAGAGCAUCUACAGCUGCUGGAAGAAGCAGCAAAAGAAGUGGCUGAUGAGGUCACCCGUCCUCGUCCAUCAGGAGAGGAGACCCUCCAAGACAUCCAGGUCAUGCUGAAGUCAGAUGCCCAUGCUGCCAAUAUCCGUAGCCUGAAGUCUGACCAGAUGUCCCAUCUGGUGAAGAUUCCUGGGAUCAUAAUAGCAUCAACGCCCGUGAGAGCCAAGGCCACCAGGAUUUCCAUCCAGUGCCGCAGUUGCCAUAACACCAUCAACAACAUCACCGUGCGGCCUGGGCUAGAAGGCUAUGCCCUGCCCAGAAAGUGCAAUACGGAACAAGCAGGCCGCCCGAGGUGUCCCCUGGAUCCAUACUUCAUCAUGCCAGAUAAAUGUAAGUGCGUGGACUUCCAGGUCCUGAAGCUACAGGAAUCUCCUGAUGCUGUGCCUCAUGGGGAGAUGCCCAGGCACAUGCAGCUCUAUUGUGACAGGUAUCUCUGUGACAGAGUUGUCCCUGGAAACAAAGUUACCAUCAUGGGCAUUUACUCUAUCAAGAAAUCUGGCCAGACCAAGAACAAAGGCAGAGACAACGUGGGUGUGGGGAUCCGAAAUGCUUAUAUCCGUGUGGUGGGGAUCCAGAUUGACACUGAUGGCUCAGGACAUACUUUUGCUGGCUCUGUGACUCCCCAAGAAGAGGAGGAACUUCGUCGACUUGCCUCCAUGCCCAACAUCUACGAGACUGUUGCCAAGAGUAUUGCACCCUCUAUUUAUGGGAGCACUGACAUCAAGAAAGCAAUUGCCUGCUUGCUGUUUGGAGGCUCCCGCAAGAGGCUCCCAGAUGGGUUAACCCGCCGAGGGGACAUUAACUUGCUGAUGUUGGGAGACCCUGGCACAGCCAAGUCCCAGCUGCUGAAGUUUGUAGAGAAGUGUUCACCCAUUGGGGUGUACACCUCUGGGAAAGGCAGCAGUGCAGCUGGCUUGACAGCCUCAGUGAUCCGAGACCCCUCUUCCCGGAGCUUCUUUAUGGAGGGAGGAGCUAUGGUCCUGGCAGAUGGGGGAGUGGUGUGCAUCGAUGAGUUUGACAAGAUGCGGGAAGACGACAGAGUGGCCAUCCAUGAGGCUAUGGAGCAACAGACCAUCUCCAUUGCCAAGGCUGGUAUUACUACCACUUUGAAUUCUCGCUGCUCGGUACUCGCAGCUGCCAACUCAGUCUUUGGACGCUGGGAUGAGACCAAAGGGGAGGAAAACAUCGACUUCAUGCCCACAAUCCUGUCCCGGUUCGACAUGAUCUUCAUUGUCAAGGAUGAGCACAAUGAGGAGAGAGACAUGAUACUGGCCAAGCACGUGAUGUCACUACACGUGAGUGCCCUGACACAGACCCAGGCUGUGGAGGGUGAAAUCGACCUGAACAAGCUGAAGAAGUUCAUCUCCUACUGUCGCACGAAAUGCGGCCCUCGCCUAUCAGCAGAGGCUGCUGAGAAACUGAAGAACCGCUAUGUCCUGAUGCGUACUGGUGCCCGGCAGUAUGAGCGAGAGAGUGACCGCCGAUCCAGUAUCCCCAUUACAGUCCGGCAGCUGGAGGCCAUUGUGCGAAUUGCGGAGUCCCUCAGCAAGAUGAAGCUGCAGCCUUUUGCCACCGAGGCAGACAUUGAAGAAGCCUUGCGGCUCUUCCAAGUGUCCACUCUUGAUGCGGCCAUGUCAGGCAGCCUGUCAGGAGCAGAGGGCUUCACAACCCAGGAAGACCAAGAGUUGCUGUCCCGAAUUGAAAAACAGCUCAAGCGCCGCUUUGCCAUUGGCUCUCAGGUGUCAGAACACAGUAUAGUCCAGGAUUUUGUGAAACAGAAAUACCCUGAGCAUGCCAUCUACAAGGUGCUGCAGCUCAUGAUGCGCCGUGGCGAGAUCCAGCACCGCCUGCAACGCAAAGUCCUCUAUCGCAUCAAGUAACCUUGCUUCCCUACCUUCUUGCUCCUGGCUGAAACCAUCCUAAGGGAACCCAUGCUGGUGGCUGCUGCUAUUGCUGAGGAUGCUUCUACCAGAGUUCCAGCAAGGCCUUCUAGAAGAAACUGAUGACCCUGCUGUGUGUUAGCUUCCUGCUCAUGGAGGGAACUUCCAGUUUGGGGGUUAAACAGGAGGGAUCCUCCCUUUUUUUACUAGAGUUCAUGGCAGCAAAAGGCCAUACUUUGUAUUUCAGAUGCUCUAGUAAAUAUCUUCUUGAUGUUUCCUAGGCUAUCAGAAGGCUUUUAGUUUGUAUAAAAUAAAAGAUAUGGUGGUGCUGCUGGAUCUAGUGGAGUUUCAGAUGGAGCGGGAAGUUUCUUUCAGGUCCCCCUGGUGCAGGGGUGGGCAAAAUAUGACCUGCGGGGUGGAUCCAGCCUGCCAAGCCAUUCUAUCUAGCCUUCAGGGCCCCUAAACAUCUUAGAAAAUUUUAAUUUUUAUCUGCCCCUGGCUGCCUGUCAAAGAUGACAGGUGCCAGGGGCAACAGGACCCAGGGGGAGCCAGUGGCUGAGCAGCAAGGCCCACCUGGCUGCACCUGCCCUCAGACCCUCCUCCCUUCCCAUCCCCCACCCCCAACUGGAAGCCUCUGUGGCUUCUGGCCUGGUGACCCUGGGGCUGUUCACCACUUCCCUCUGUCCAAGUGGAAAGGCAGAUAAGGGGAAAUUGCUGCGAACCACGUGGUGCUUGCUGGGCAAAGCUGCAACCAGAGGGGGAAGUGACAGCGGCAUGGAGAGCAGCGGGUAGGGUGUGAAAAGUGACUGGCAGGCAUGUGGGAGGCAAAGCAGGGAAAUGGCGGGGGAGUGGCAGCAGCGGAGGGGCCAUGGAAGGCGGUGGCAGGGGGCAGAGUGGCACCAGUGGCUGGCAGGUGUGUGGGAGGGAAAGCAGGGAAAU